UAAAGAUUUUUAAUGAGUAAAGCUUAUUUAGCUGUAAAGAAUUUUAAGUGGUCUGAAAUGGUUAAUUUACUUGCUUAUGGAGUAAAGCAUCCUGAUACUCUUUCUUAGACUCAAAGAAUUACAAGAUUAUACAGGUUUAAUAUAAUUAUAAUUUUAGAGCAACUAUUAGAAGACAUUAUACAACAUAAUUAGAGAAUUUUAAAGGUGACCAUAUAAGAUUCUAUAAUGAGAUGCAAGUAGCCCAAUAAGAUUUCAAUAGAUUAUAAGAAUUGAACAAUAAUUAUGCAUGUAUCAAUCCAUAACAAAAUAAUAUUAGCUUUAACUAAUGAAUAGAAGGUUGAAUUUUCAGAAUUAGAAAAUAAAUGGGUUUCAUGGUUAGAGAAUAAUUAUGAUGCAUUUUUAUAUGUCGAUGAAUGUAGACCAUAUUCUAGCACCUCAACAAGAUAUAUUGUUUAUUCUGAUAAACAGUUGAAAUUUGAUCCUUUGGGUUUCUAUAAACCAAGACCAGUUCAUGAUGGUAAAUUUGAUCCACAUUUACCUUAUUUCAGAGAUUACCCAUACAAUGAAUCUUGGUGGAGUAUGAAUGAAUCAUUCCCAACAGGUAAGACAUUUCUUUUCUAUCUUUCUUAGAUUUCGAUGAUAUUCCAUCAGAAAAACAUUGAUUUAUUAUAUUCCAAAUACAAAAACAAAAUAUAAA